AUAGUAACUGCGUGUCAGGGACAUGUCCGUGACUUUAUCCUGACGGUCCCCGCGCGGUGACCUUCUAUUCUUUCAUUAAGAAAUCGAUUUUGAUUUUAUCUUUAUAAAAGAAAAAAAAAAAAAAAAAAAAAUCAAACAAACCAAAAGAAAAGAGAAAAAAGGAAAAGAAAAAAAGAAGAUAUCAUAAAUAAGUUUGUUGAAAAAUGAAAAAGUUUCUUUGUUAUCUCGGAUUCAUCGUCAUUCUUUUAAUUCAGAAAGAAUGUCAGGCAGGACAAAUAGGCGAAAAUAUGAAAAACUUUUUUGGUCUCUUCGGUAACAAACCACCGGACACUAAAGAACCACCUGCGCCAUGUUACUGCUCAUGUGGAUUACGAAACGAAGAGAGUAGAAUCGUCGGUGGUCAAACGACACGAAUGAACGAACUCCCAUGGAUGGCAAAACUGUCCUAUUUAAACAAAUUUUAUUGCGGUGGUUCUUUGAUAAAUGAUCGUUAUGUGUUAACCGCGGCACAUUGCGUUAAAGGUUUUAUUUUCAGGUUUAUGUGGUUCAUGAUCAAGGUCACAUUCGGUGAACACGACAGGUGUAUCGAUAAAGGUAUUGAAACAAGAUACGUCGUCAGGGUGUUAACCGGUGAUUUUAGUUUCCUCAACUUUGAUAACGACAUCGCACUUCUUCGGCUUAACGAUAGAGUUCCCUUCAGUGAUACGAUACGUCCAAUAUGUCUACCAACUGUAAAAGAGAACGAAUACAUUGGAUCAAAAGCGAUAGCAGCUGGAUGGGGUACUCUUAAAGAAGAAGGCAAGCCAUCCUGUUUGCUUCAAGAAGUCGAAGUUCCGGUUAUGAGCUUACAGGAUUGUCGAAACACCAGUUACAGUCCUCGUAUGAUCUCUGAUAACAUGUUAUGCGCAGGAUAUCCGGAUGGAAUGAAGGAUUCUUGUCAGGGUGAUAGUGGUGGACCACUAAUAACCGAACGCGAAGAUAAAAGGUAUGAAAUCAUUGGUAUCGUCUCUUGGGGAAAUGGAUGUGCUCGGCCAGGAUAUCCUGGUGUUUAUACCAGAAUUACCAAUUAUUUGGAUUGGAUCUUAAAUAACUCAAAAGAUGGUUGUUUCUGCGAUAAUAAUUGACUUCAAUUUCGUCGAACUUAUCAAGAUCUUCCAACAUAAUUAAUGUUAUAUAUAUCGAACGUUUAUGUUAUACAACUAUUCAAACGCUUAUGUUUCUUAUCAAUUAGAAUAGUCGAUAUUUUUUUGAUUCGACGCCAUUGAAAAAUACUAUUUAUGUAUUUAUAUUUAGA